AUGGCUGUGCUUUCAUCCCCUCCAUCUUCCUGUCCUUCUCUGGGAUUAGGGAGGAGAGGUAACGUCGGAUGUGAUGUGGGCCUAGAGCAACAUCUGGGGUCACACUGCCUGACAACCCACCCGGCGGUGAAGGAAAACGGGGAGGAGGCAGCGUUGAAGAGACACACGUUCAUCAUCGAUCUUUACAAAGAGUUGCAAGAUCCAGUGCUCGUGCGAGACCAACUGGUGCAUGUUUUGAUUGCCGGACGAGAUACGACCGCCUGUCUUAUAUCGUGGACUUUCUUCCUCCUUGUGCGACAUCCUAACGUUCUCGCACGACUUCGCGACGAGAUUCACUUGGUGACCGGGGGAGACUCACGACUCAAUCGCGUUCGGAUCAGUCAGAUGAAGUAUCUUCGCUGUGUGAUCAACGAAUGCCAACGCCUUUAUCCGCAACUACCGACCAAUGUCCGAGUAGCUGCGAGAACGACGGUCAUCCCUCAUGGCGGAGGUCCAGAUGGGAAAUCACCGGUGCUCAUACCAAAGGGUACGGGGGUCGGGUACUCGGUGUACCACAUGCAUCGACUCAAGAGCUUGUAUGGCGAAGAUGCCGAUCACUUCCGCCCGGAAAGGUGGUUGGGCUCCGCAUUGGAUAGCAUUGGCUGGGGCUUUAUGCCUUUUCAUGGUGGGCCACGAAUGUGUUUGGGUCAGGAAUUCGCCCUCACGGAAGCUUCAUAUGCAAUUACCCGCAUUAUUCAGGCAUUCCCCCGCCUCAGGCUUCCUCCUCAAACAUUGACAGUUCCCCCGGGCGAAGAGAAGCAGGACCUGACAGUGGUGGUGAUCAGCGCAGAGGGGUGCAAGUGGGGUGCUUUGGAUUUGAACAACGCAACGACUCUCGCUCUAGCAGCGGGAAUUGUUCUUUCCCUGGUCGUCGGUAGAGCCAUCUUUCGUAACUCCCCAUGGGCCUCGGCUCCCCUGAAAAACCACGCCACAAUGGAGCAAGGAGGCGCUUCGUUGAUCAAGCAAACAAAGACUGCUGUCAACCGUCUAGACCCAAGUAGCCUCCCUGUUGUACUUUCCAUCCUUGUUUCACGCGCCGUAUCCCCUCUCGCGCAGGUGUUACGCUUGGAAGACACGUCGCCUUCCAAACAGCCUGUAUCGGACCCCAACGGGGGAAUUGCAGCGCAAAGAGUCCACUCGAAGCGCACUGGCCGAUGGUUGCUCGAGAACCAGAUCGAACUGUCCGCCGCUUGUAUCGCCGUCUGUCUCUUCACACACUAUUCCGUACCGGAUGCGCGAUCCUACACGUCAAAGUUCUUGUUUAUUUCGCACUACAGCACCAGUCGGGGUACAUAUGCAGCUGGAGGCGAUGACUUCUACUUCAUCGCCUUCUGCAUCGUCCUCUUCACCGGUCUGCGUGCCGCCGUCAUGAAGUACAUCCUUGCCCCCUUGGCUACGUUUUGGGGAAUAUCCCGGAAAAAGGAUGUCAACCGAUUCGCCGAACAAGGGUGGCUGCUAUGCUACUACUCGAUUUUGUGGACUCUUGGCAUGUACAUCUAUUACACUUCGAGUUAUUUUCUUGACCUGAGAGAGAUGUGGACCGACUGGCCUACUCGCGACCUGCCGGCAAUCAACAAGGCCUAUGUGUUAUGCCAGUGGGCGUUCUGGUUGCAGCAAGUCCUGGUCAUUCACAUUGAACAGCGCCGCAAGGACCAUUGGCAGAUGCUGGCCCAUCAUACCGUGGCGAUUGUAUUGAUCUCCACCUCAUAUGCCUGGCACCUAACGCGUGUGGCAAACUUGAUCCUGAUCCUGAUGGAUGUCGUGGACAUUCUUUUCUCUCUGGCCAAAUGUCUGAAAUACCUCGGACUGUUCACCCUUUGCGACAUCAUGUUCGGCGUCUUCAUGGUGUCGUGGUUCAUCGCUCGGCAUGUGCUCUACCUCACCACCAUGUGGAGUAUCUAUACCCAUAUGGCGGAAAUCAUUCCCAUCGGCUGCUUCCACGGAUCGCAAGACGCGCUGACCGGCCCCACACCUCUGCCCGAGCGCGGACUGUCGCACAUGCUCGAUCCCUUUCGAAAUCCGUCCGGCACAAUCUGCUUCAGUCCGCGGGUACAAUGGGGGUUCCUGGUCGCUCUGGGGUUCCUGCAGUUUCUGAACCUCGUGUGGCUCGUCAUGAUCGUUCGGGUCGCCCUCCGGGUUCUCGCGGGCCGUGGUGCGGACGACGUACGAAGUGAGGAUGAGGGCGAGUAUGACGGCGAGUGGGAGAUGACUGGGAACGGACGGCGCGGCGGUGCUUCGUCUCGUCCGGAGGGUCUGGGAGUGGCAACAGGUCUCAAAGCGUCGCAACGAAUCACGAACACGAAGAGAACUGCCCACUCCACGGGUGUUGGUUUGCCGCGGCGCAGUGACCAAAAGCAACUUCUGGGUCGACUGGGAUGCGACAGACAGAUUGAUUGA